AUGGCCCGCCACGCGAUCUUUCAAGCCCUACCGGCUCUUUUGGCCUUCAUCCAGACGGCAUCAAGCACGCCCCUGACUUUCUCAACAUUGUAUCCUCGCAACGAUUCUCAAAUCGUAUGGCCGACGGAAGUUUCUAGCCUGGUACACGAUAAGUCCUGGGCUAGCUUCGGCGAAAAGACGACGCGUUGGUCGUCCUACAAGUCUCCUACCUUUGAUGAGGUUUUCCUUCCCGAAACUGAGGAACAGCUCUCCCUUGCUCUUGAGUACAUGUCCGGUAACAACAUGACCUGGCUGGCCAAGUCUGGAGGUCACGGAUAUGCUCCGUCUCUCCACGCCAUCCAAGACGCCGUCUUGAUAAAUUUGGAGAACUUCAAUUACGUCAAGCUGCAAGACGACAACACAGCGGUCGUGGGGACUGGUGUCCGUUUCAGCGAUCUCAUCGACACCGUAGCGGCCGCUGGGCGAGAACUAAGCGCUAUGUUGGGCGGUGGCCUCGGUCGCCUUCAGGGCCUGCACGGCUUGACUAGCGAUGCCCUCCGCAAGGUCCGCUUGGCUCUGUGGAACGGAACCAUCAUUGAGGCUUCCAACAACGUCAACCCCGAUCUUUUCUGGGGAAUCAGGGGGUCUGGCCAAAACUACGGCAUCGUCAUUGAGUCGACGUACGAGACCUGGCCGGCGACGAAUGGAGGAAAGCACUACAGUGCGGACCUCGUCUUCACCAAGGACUCCGUGCAACGUGUAAUGGAGAUCACCAAUGAACUGACCGCGGGAGGUCUGGAUGAAAAGUUGGCCGUCCUCAUGUUCUUCGCAUUGGAUGCUACGACAUCUCAGAUCACCGUCAUAGUCAACCUGGUCUACUCUGGACCGGAGGAAGAGGGCAGAAAGUAUACCGAACGCUUCUCUUCCUUCAGCGUCGAUCUCCAAGAGAACAUGCUGGGCUGGGAAGAGCUGCCCACGAAGACGGUCCAUGGUCUCAUCCCUCAAUCUUGCGCGACUGGACCGCGAUACAACCUGCGCGCCCUCAACACCAAGGUCCUCAACCCAGCUACCUGGGUCAGCUUCACCGACGCAUUUGAGACGUUCCUAGUAGCGAACCCUCUCGCUGCCGGCUCGGCCAUGAUGAUCGAGACCUUCCCCGUGCAGGGAGUCAAGGCGCUUGCCGAUGACUACUCGGCUUUCCCCCAUCGCGACCACUUUGAGAACGUGAUUGAGUCUAUUGGCUCGUACACGGACGACUCUGUUGCCGACGCUGUGAACAACUUCUUCGCGGAGUGGCGCGAUAAGUUUGCCGAGCCUAGCUCUUCGGGCUACGACAAGCUCUACGUUUACCAGAACUAUGCCAACGAGGACGAGCCUCUGUCAGCUCUGUACGGAUACAAUGAGUGGCGUCAUGAGCGUUUGACGAGCUUGAAGAACAAGUUCGAUCCUCGUGGCUUCUUCAACGGAUACCACCCAGUUCCUUCUAACGUUGCGGGCUGGAGCUAG